AUGUCCGUCCUCGAGACUGGUGGUCUGUCCGUCACCCACUCGUGCCAGGGGACAGGGUGUCCGGAUCUCCGUCUUCUCCAUUACAACGAUGUCUACCACGUUGAACCGGGGUCCGCAGAACCAGUCGGUGGUGUCGCUCGCUUCCAAUCCGUCAUCAACUACUAUCGCUCCCACCCCCGCUUCGCCGAUCAACCUGAGCUCCUUACCUUCUUCUCCGGCGAUGCCUUCAAUCCGAGUCUCGAGAGUACCGUCACAAAGGGCAGGCAUAUGGUACCUUUUCUGAACAAAGCAGGGACGGAUGUGGCAUGUAUGGGUAACCAUGAUCUUGACUUCGGUGUCGCCCAAUUCCGGCAUCUGCGCAGUCAAGGGAAAUUUCCUUGGCUAUUGGCGAAUGUCCUCGACCCAGCUUUGGGUGAGGGUGUGCCCAUCGCCAAUUGUGAACAGACGGUGAUGCUGACUGCAUCCAAUGGGAUCAAGAUUGGCGUACUUGGACUGGGUGAGAGAGAAUGGCUGGAAACAAUCAACGCCCUCCCACCUGACCUGAUCUACAAAUCUGCCACCAAGACCGCCCUCGAACUCGCUCCUCGCCUCCGCGAACAAGGCGCUGAUCUGGUUGUGGCCGUCACGCACCAACGAGAACCGAACGACAACAAAUUAGCCCAAAAUCUCCCCCCGGGAACUGUGGAUAUCAUCUUGGGAGGUCACGACCAUUUCUACGCCCACUCGAUCAUUAACGGGACCCACGUUCUUCGAUCUGGAACCGACUUUAAGCAGUUGAGCUACAUCGAAGCAUGGCGGAAGUCGGAUGGCUCUGGAUGGGACUUCAGUAUUGAUCGACGUGAUAUGAUUCGAGCAAUCCCAGAGGAUCCUGCUACGGUGAACCUGGUGGAACGUGUGACCUCAAGUCUCAAAGCGAAACUGGAGAAACCCAUUGGCUUCACGGUUCGUCCGUUAGAUGGUCGGUUCUCCACUGUUCGUCAGAAAGAGUCCAACUUGGGGAACUUUGUUUGCGACUUGAUGCGCUACUACUAUGCUGCUGAUUGUGCCAUGAUGGCCGGAGGCACCAUGCGCGGGGAUCAGGUCUAUCCACCAGGUAUCAUACGACUGAAGGACAUCCUGAACUGUUUCCCAUUUGAGGAUUCCGUAGUCUUAUUGCGUGUCAAGGGCGAUGCGCUCUUCGAAGCAUUGGAGAACGGUGUCAGUCAGCUACCUGCUAUGGAAGGCCGAUUCACUCAGGUAUCCAACAUUUCUUUCGGGUUCAAGCCAUCUGCACCACCUGGAUCGCGUAUCACAUUCGCCAAUAUUGGCAGUAAACCUAUCGACUAUGACCGCAAGUACGUUCUAGCGACGAGAGGAUACAUGUCCCGCGGUAAGGAUGGCUUCGCGUCGCUGCUGACACAGUCUGAAGGGGGCGAGGUAGAGGAGAUAGUCGAUGAGGAGAGUGGAGUGCUCCUCAGUACGAUUCUCCGACAAUAUUUCCUGAGUUUGAGGGUCAUGGGCCGGUGGCAACGCUGGAGUAAUAGUAUGGCUCGACACUGGGAUGGUGUUCACAAGGGCCUGCACUGUAACGGCCUCGUGAAACCGCCAUCAGCUGGCCCAUCACCUGUCUCGGAAAAGGUGCCCGCACAGCCGCAACGGCCAGGUCUAUCACGGACCAGCAAAUCGUACUACUAUGGUCGAUUCCCGCAGAUCGCUACGAUAGAAGAAGACGCAGAAGCUGAGGAGGAAGCGGAAGAGGAUGUCAUGGACUCGGAUUCUGAUGAUGAUCCGGAUAUCUUGACUACACCGCAACCCGUGACAAACUACGUGACACUUCCGGCGCAAUCUGCCGCGGAAGAAGAAUAUCGCCUCCGGCUCGCGCGUCAGGUGUUGCGCAAGUGGAUGCGAAAGACAGGAUUGCGCUCGUCUCGGUUGGAUGCCUUGGAUCAGGGCGAGGGUGAAUUCGAGUACACUCCCGCAUGGACGCAAGGAAUUGCACCACGGCUGGAGGGACGGAUCAUAAUCGAGGAGUGA